CCGGUCCAGUGAUGCCGCUCUCAUAUUUUGUUUCAGAUGGAGACGAAGAGGAGGGCGAAGAGGAGACAAAGCCAAAAUUCAAGCCCUUCAUCAUGCCCAACCUCAUCCCGCUGAAGAUUCCAGACGGUGAAAAGGUGGACUUUGAUGACAUUCAUCGGAAAAGGAUGGAGAAAGACCUGAUGGAGCUCCAGACUCUGAUCGAGGUCCAUUUCGAGAGCAGAAAGAAAGAGGAGGAGGAGAUCAUUCAUCUGAAGGAGAGGAUCGAGAGACGACGUUCGGAGAGAGCCGAGCAGCAGAGAAUCCGAAACGAGAGAGAGAAGGAACGUCAGAAGCGCCUGGAGGAGGAGCGAGCUCGGAAGGAGGAGGAGGAGGCCAAGAGGAGGGCGGAGGACGACGCCAAGAAGAAGAAGACCCUCACAAGUCUCCACUUUGGAGGCUACAUGCAGAAGCUGACGGAGAAACGCAGCGGGAAGAGGCAAACGGAACGAGAGAAAAAGAAGAAGAUCCUGAGUGAGCGACGUACGUCCCUGGACAUCGAGAACAUGAGCCAGGAGAGACUCAGGGAAAAGGCCAAGGAGUUGUGGGAGCGGAUGCACGGGCUGGAGGCGGAGAAGUUCGACCUCCAGGACCAGUUGGCCAGACAGAAAUACGAGAUCAACGUGCUGAGGAACCGUGUCAGUGACCACCAGAAAACAUCCAAGAGGACCAAGAGAGGCCUGAGGAAGUGACGGCGCAGGGGUCCCGGUCCUCCGCCGCCACAGCCAUCUUUGAUCCUCAUCACCCAAUAAAAGCCUUUCAGGUGGAUCUCUGGUUUCGUUGUGACUUGUGCGCGUCAGCCCAGAGCCAGUUUCACGAACAAGCUUGGACUUGAGUGGAAUUAUGAGGGAAGCUCACCAACACACACCCGUCCUCGCCCACAGCUGAACCACAGUCUGAUUCACGUCUGCGGUGACGGUGAUAUCAAGGAGGAUCAGGUGACGCGGCGUGAGGCGCCAGACAAACAUCACCCCCCCAAG